GCCGUCCGCUUCUUCCCCCUCCCCCCCCAGUUCCUUUGUGCGCACUUUCUUGUGGAGCAUCAGGACUCGGAGAAGGCGUCCGGCGGGUGGAUGCGGGCGCAAUGGACGGCGGCGCCUUGCCUCGACUUAUGCCCCCUUCGCCUGAUGCCCCUGGCGCCUGCACUGCCAGGCGGAGACCCGCGUCCCCGGAACUGCUGCGCUGCAGCCGGCGGCGGCGACCGGGCACAACGGAGGCGGGGGUUGGCGCGGCGGCGGUGGCACGGCGCAACGAGCGCGAGCGCAACCGCGUGAAGCUGGUGAACUUGGGCUUCCAGGCGUUGCGGCAACACGUGCCGCUCGGCGGCGCCAGCAAGAAGCUCAGCAAGGUGGAGACGCUGCGCUCGGCCGUGGAGUACAUCCGCGCGCUGCAGCGCCUGCUCGCCGAGCACGACGCCGUGCGCGCCGCGCUGGCCGGGGGGCUGCUGGCACCAGCCACGCGGCCCUCUGCUGCUCGCGGGCUGCCUGCGACCUCCCCCACCGCCACCUCGCCCUCCUGUGCCUCUUCGUCCCCGGGCCCCGGGGGCAGCUCGGAACCGGGCUCCCCGCGCUCCGCCUACUCAUCGGACGACAGCGGCUGCGAGGGUGAGCUGAGCCCUGCCGAGCGCGAGCUGCUCGACUUCUCCAGCUGGUUAGGGGGCUACUGAGAGCCUUCGCCCCCCGAGCCACAGCCCUGGACGCCUAGAGUCAGGCAGGCAAGCGCACCCAUAUUCCGGGAGCCUUCCCGUACACCUGGCCUCACGUGGUGCCCAAGAACAGGGGAGGGGGUGCCGCUGUCGCUGCCGGGGAUCCAAACUGACCAAGUGCCAAUAUGGAAACGCGCCACCGCCGGACCCCACCAUGGACCCUUUUCGGCGGGGCACUCAAUGUCUCUGGGAGAGAGGAUUUUACAGGGACGCAGAAAUCUAUUUUUUACGCAUUAACUUGAACUGCCAGACAGACUGUGCUGCAAAUAUGAAGACUUAUUUUUGUACAAAGGAUCUUUAGGCUUGGAGCACAAUAAAGAUUGUCUUACUCCCUACCUAUCUGGAAUUUUCCAACCUGGCCAAGGUGUGGAGGGGCUGGGUGCUUGUUGGGCGCCCUUUCUCUGAAGCCCACCCAACCUAGGGCUGAUGCUUGGGCAUGACUGCUCAGCUGGCCUGUGUGGUGACAGCCUAUUUUAGCAAAGGUGAACUUUAUGAAG